AAGUAGCGAUGAUGACAUGAAGCUGGGGUAUUUGUCCAUUGAUAGCGACAUUUAUGAAACUAUUGCAAUUAUAAACCCUCAUAAACCGUAAAGUUAAUCAAAAACUUUGCGUGGGACAAUGCAGACUACAACAGAUGUUAGAGGAAAUGAGGCAUCGCUACUAGCGGUGUUGAAGACUCUGUUAUUCUUCACAAUCAUGAUGAUUACUCUACCAAUCGGAUUGUAUUUUGCCACCAAAGCCUGGGUUUUCCAAGGUUCUUUGGGCUACUCCAGUAAUGACAGUUUCUUCUAUGCUGCCAUCGUCGCUGUUGUGGCCGUGCACGUGAUCCUUGGCUUCUUUGUCUACGUCGCGUGGAAUGAGGGAUCUACGCAGUCAAGGGUGGGAAAGCAAGACUGAAGAGCAGAAGACACUCACACACAGGACACCCUCUUCCCCCUACACACACACAUAUAUACACACACACACACACACACACACACACACACACACACACACACACACACACACACACACACACACACACACACACACACACACACACACACACACACACACACACACACAUCUGUCUCUAAUUUACACAGUGUUUUGGGAAGAGACCCCAGCUGGCUGGUCUCUUUCAGUGGGGGAGUUGUAGACAUGGGCUGUGUCUCCCAACCAGGUGACAUGAAGGGGGGCAUAGACAUACUGAGCCAGGCGAUCCUGUGGUUUGAAGCCAGAAAAAUAGGCAAAAGCACUGAAUAGGGAGCAGGAGUGCUCUGUUUAAUCCAUCAACCUUUGCCAAGGCUGCUACAUCUACAGAGGAUAAUGUCCCUCAGUUUGUCCUCAUGGCACCCUUAAAAGUUCCUCAAGGAUCUGCAAAGAUUGUUUAAUCAGAGGGCUCUUUUCAGAAUUAUUUAGAGGACUGUGUUGAUCUCGCCCUUGCGUCUUUACAGGUCCCUGAAAAGUUCUUCAAGGAUUAUCUGAUGAAAGUGGAAAGUGAAAGGGGUUGUUUAAAGAACUUAAACCUAGAAAGAACAUAACCUCCCAAAGGUUCUUCAAGGUGUUUUAACUGUAAUGCUCAGAUGAGGCAAUUCUACUCAGAAACCAUUCUAAGGUGGAAUAUUUAAAGGUUUAUAAAAGAACCUUUUGCUGUGUCUUAAGCACAUUUUUAUCUGUAGUUAUGUGAUUCUUUAGCCAAAGCGAUCCAAACCAAAAUGAUCAAAGGUUUAAUAUGGUCAAAGUCAGUCAAAAUAAAAAGGCACUCAUUAUCUCUAGACAAAAACUAUAGCGAAAUUACAGAUUCAGCUGCUUUGCAAUGUUUGUAUUUCUGUUGUGAUGUGAUAUUGUGAUAUGUAAUCAUGUGUACAUAUCAAAGUAUCUACUUCUGAUUGCACUACUUCUUUUGAUAUGAAAAUGAUCAUAGAUUGGAAUACUCAACAAUAAAAAAAAAAAUGUAUAUUU